UUGCUUUAUUUUCUAAGCAAAUUUUUUAAUACCAUUCAUGAAAUUAUUAUGAGAAAUGAUACUCAAAGUCAGCUGAAUGGAAGCUGACCGCUUUAACUUCGGAGGAAUAACUCGAUCAUUUUAAAACAUUUUUAGCUUUGCUAAGAGCUCACGUGCUCUUAAGAUUGGACGAGAGUGUGGGAAAAAAGGGAAGUUCGUGCGAUUGCCCGGAUGAGAUAUAAAAUGACCAUACAUAGUUUGGAAUUAGAGGCAGUUUCGAAUGCCAAGAUUCAUUUAUAUGAGUCAUUCCAUUCAUUCGAAAGGGAGAGACGAAAGAAGAAACUAAUAGUUUGAUACGAACAGAGUUCUUUGAACAUAAACAUAUUCCUGCUAUCUGUUGCGAAAUCAGAAGAAUCUAAUCUCUCCAAAAGCUGUCAUUAGCACUUUUGGGCCCUGAAAUUCGGUUCAUGGAAUAGUUGCUUAUUUAAAGAACUGAAAAGAUAUUCAUCACAAACAAUUGCAACAUGUGUUUAAAACUUCCACUUACAUUUUUGCCAAGCUUGAAAUUAGAACUUCAUUUAUCUUAGUGAAAUAUGAAUUAAUAUAUAUGAUGAAGCCGCACAUUAUAACACCAUAUUAUCACUGGAGUGAUUUGAAUUUAGUUAUGAGCAUCCAGAAUGAGGUACUAUCUCGGUAAUUAAACUUUUCAUAUAUCAUUCUUAAUGGUACCAACCACGCAAGCAAUUUUUUCAGCAUGGCAUGCAACUGGAUCAAUCAAAAGCUAAAUAUGUCAGAAAAAUAUUGCAUUCUGAAAAAUCUUCUCUCUUUAGCAUUUGGUCAUUUCCUAGUGAUGACAGCUUUUGAUUCUUUGAGUAACUUACAGAGUACAGUAAAUGAAAAAGAAGGUAUAGGCGUGGCUUCUCAAGCAACUAUUUAUGCUUUUUUCACCUUAUCUGCUUUCUUUUUGCCACCAUACCUCAUAAAGAGAUUUGGAUGCAAAAAAACUUUAGUUAUAUCAAUUUUCAGUGUUGCUCCAUAUGUUGCAGCAAACAUGUAUCCUUGUUGGGGAACACUUAUACCAACGGCUAUGCUUACUGGAAUGGCCUAUGGACCAUACUGGACUGCUAGAAGCACAUAUAUAAAUGAACUUUGUUACAACUACUCCACUUUCUCACAUGCCUCAAUAAGCGUGAUCAGUGCUUGGUUUUUUGGAAUAUUUUCUUUUUUCCACGAAAAUGCAGAAAUCUGUGGAAAUUUAAUAUCGUACUAUGUCUUGAGCAAUCAGUAUAUAGAAGGAAAAUUUAUGAAUAAUGAAACACUACAUUCAAAUAGUGAAACGAAAUAUAUAUACGAUGGAAUAGAAUACGGAAAUGAGGAAGUAAAGAAAACAAAUAACAUCACAAACGAUAUCUCCAACAAAACUAUUUUUCAGUGUGGUGCCACUUUCUGCGGAGAAAUUCUCGAAGUUGCAACAAAUCCUAACUUACAACCUCCUUCGGAUGCAAAAUGGUACACACUUACAGCUAUCUAUUUCACUUUAGUCAUUGUUGCAGCUCUUGUUGUCAUAUUUAUAGUUGAUUCUUUGGACGAGAAGAACAAUAAAUCAAAACAUCCUCUUAUUCUGUUCGCAACUUUUAAACAAAUGAAGAAUACAAAUCAAAUAUUGCUGAUACCUUUGGCUUUCUACUGUGGAUUGGCAGAUGGUUUCUAUAACAGUGACUUUACUAGGGCAUUUAUAGCAUGUGCUUGGGGAAUAUCUCAAGUUGGCUAUGUGACAAUUUGUUAUGGGGUAGUCUGCGCUGUCACGGACUGUUCUGUGGGCUCUCUCGUAAAGUAUCUCAGAAGACCAACAGUUUUCAUUAUCGCUGCCAUCUCGCACUUUGCAGUUUUCACUUCACUUCUAGUGUGGGCACCUGGACCUGAUAAUUUUAUGUUUUAUUAUGCUCUUGCUGGAAUUUAUGGCAUUGGUGCCAGCGUAUGGUGGUCGCAAAUAACAGCAUUCUAUGGAAUUAUAUUUGCUGAAAAUGCUGAUGCAGCAUUUUCAACUUUCUACUUCUGGUGCUCAUUAGGAUUCACAGUGGCAUUUGCUUACAGUGAUAUAUUAUGCACAAGUAUAAAAAUUUAUACUUUACUGGGACUGCUUUUUGUUUCUGUAAUAGGUUACAUUAUUGCAGAAAUAUGUUAAUUUUGUACAGGUUAAUACCAAAUAAAAUAUGAAAUUAAAAUAAAAGAA